CAUUCCUUUGUUAGGCGGUUCCAUAUAAAAUGCAGAUAAUGCAGGGAAACAUACUUUCAUAAUCGAGACCUCCUCAAGUGCAGUAUGCUUUUCUUCUACUACUGCAACAGCGACUCUCUUAUUCACAAAAUAAAUCGAUAAACUUCUGUCUAUUCAUUAAUCACAGGAUUGUUUAUUAUUCUCCCUCUCAGAUAUAUUGAUCAUGCUGUCCCUGGUAGCACUAGUCUCUCUAAUUAUCCUCAUCUUGGACAACGGGGUACUUGGGUUCCUGAGAUUUUCUAAAGACGGCUCCAAGGGUCACUUUGACAUCACAGAGGAGGCAGUGUUAGAGACAACUCUGCAGGUGUGCAUCGACGUCGCCAACACUGAGGGGCAAAAUGUCAUUCCACCGCCCAAACCUCUGACUACUGAGAGCGUUGCACAAGCCUGCUCCUCAUCAGGGUCUGAGAGUUUUCAUCGUGCCAAAGGUGACAUGAAAUGGAAAAAUGUAAAUGUGGACAUAAUCCAUUUUUUCAAUCCCGAGUAUCACUUUGACAAUGAGGAGUUUGUGAGGGGAAAAAAGGUGAUUACUGAUGGCCUGGCAGUUGUCAAAUACAAGCUCAAACAAGGAAACCUUGAAGAUGCAAGAGAGAAACUAGGAAGUAUCAUGCACACUGUGCAGGAUUUCUACAGUCACAGUAACUGGAUUGAAUUAGGAAACAAACUUCCCCAUCUAAGUCUUAUCAGAUCAGACCUUUCGUUUGGCAAUGUUGCAGAUAAGUCCACACCCACCUGUCAAAGCUGUGUCGAUGAUGAUUGUCACAACAACAUUCUCCAAAACAUCCUCCGAGAUAACAUACUAAUCACUGGUUACUUUGGUCAAAAGUCCAAACCAAUGGGGAAGUGCAGCCAUGGAGGCUUAGCCGACCUGACCAGCCGAAUAGAGCCUACAGGGGGAAUCAACAAGGAUGACCUGAAGUCCAGCCACGGCUUUCUACAUGCGACCGCAACGGAUGUGGCGAAAGCUGCAACCAGACAGCUGCUGGAGGACGUCCGAAGCUUCGCCGGGGACAGAACCUUCCUACGGAUGAUGGGGAUCUCCCGUCGAUCCAAGGCUAUGUGUUUCGUGAUCGACACCUCAGUCAGCAUGUCUGAAGACAUUGCUGAGGUCAAGAGGGUGGCGUCAGUCAUCAUUGACAGCAGGAGGGGGACAGCAAAUGAGCCCUCAUACUACAUCCUGAUCCCCUUCAACGAUCCAGACUUCGGGCCAUUAACAAAAACAACAGAUCCAGACAUCUUCAAAGCCCAGAUAAACAGCCUAACAGCUGGAGGUGGUGGAGACUUCCCUGAGAUGAGUCUGUCAGGACUCCAGCUGGCGCUAACCAGUGCUCCUCCCUCCUCUGAGAUCUUCCUCUUCACUGACGCCGUGGCCAAAGACACAUACCUGGCCGGCACGGUGCUUGCACUGAUAGAGCAACACAAGUCAGUGGUGCACUUCCUCCUCACUGGGUCGUUCGGGGAGAGGAGAAGGCGCAGUGGUGAGCCAGACCAGGCCUCUCAGAUGGGCGUGUUGGACCCCCAGCUGUACAGGAACCUGGCCCAGGCCUCCGGGGGACUGGCCAUCCAGGUCACCAAGGCCCAGCUACCCGAGGCCACCAGCAUCAUCUCAGACUCCACCAGCUCCAACCUGGUGACUCUUCUGCAGGCAGUCAGGAACCAUGGAAAAGCAGAUCAUUUCUCUUUUUUGGUGGAUGAAUCUGUGACAAAUGUGACCAUGUAUGUCACAGGGUCAUUCCCCUCCUUCACCCUCAUCAGCCCCUCAGGUGUGUCUCAGAGUCAUCGUGUUGUCAGUGGUUCACUGGCAACAGUCAAAACUGUGGGAAACUUAAACACAGUGAAGAUGAUUAAACAAGUGGGGCUGUGGGCAAUCAGAAUGGACUCUAGCGAGCCCUACCAUCUGAAAGUUGUGGGUAAAAGUGUCAUAAACUUCCUAUUUGAUUUUGUGGAGGAGACUCAAGGUCCUGAUCUGGGAUUAUCCAUUUUAAACACCCGCCCGACAUCUGCCAGCAAUACCACCAUGAUGAUCACGGUAACGGGCAGCGACUCUCUGGAGGUGACUGAGGUGGUGUUGGUGGAGUCUUCGGGGGCGCAGGAGGUCAACGGUAGCGUGGAGCCCCUGGGCGGCAGGAGCUUCCUGGUGAGGAUGGGCAGAGUUCCUGUGGGCGACUACUGGGUGCGUCUGAGUGGAGUGAACAGCAGCAGAGUCCGGGCUGCACCGAUCAUCUACCGGAGACAGUCCUCCACUCGGGUCCGAAUCUCCGAUUUCACGGUCAUGGCUGUAGUGACCUGCAAUAGUGACCUGAGCCCAGAAGAGCCCCUCUCUGUCUUUUUCACCGUGUCAACCAAUGGGAUGGGAGGACACAUCACCAUCCAAGCCACCAAUGACAGGGGGUUCACUUCCUCCUUUCCGACCAGCCUACUUCUGGAGGCCGGGACGAGCGCUAAAGGAACUGCCCUGUUCACAGCAUCCACCAACACGCCCAUGGGCAGUGACGUCACCUUGAUCGUCGAGGUUACGGCCCCGGGUCCUGCAGACUCUCCAGCGCUGCAGAGAGACUGCUAGGUCUGUCGUCUGCUCUGUGUCUCACUGCUGUUGCCUGUCUGAUAAUGGACUAUAGCUAGCCUGUAUGUGUCGCAUGAUAACGCAACUGCCAGUUCGAUAUAUCGACGGAUGCCAUUAGAUAAUUGAGUAAAUGUCAAGUGAUUUAGGGGAAUUUCUGAAACUUUCUUGUAUCAUCGUAUUUUAAAGUAUGUCUGUAUUUGGAAGUGCCAAUGUUUUGUAUGUCACUUACAUGAAAUGGAUUUAAAACGCUGUGGUUUAACUCUUGAUUUGUGGAUGCUUUUUGGACCAUAAUAAAUUUCCCGUUGCGGAAGA